GGAAUUCAUCAGAUGACGGGAAGUCCAUUAAAUCAAUGCCAUUACUGGGAGUUCCCUUUUCUGUCAAAGAAUGCAUUGCACUUAAAGACAUGUCUUUCACGGCCGGCCUAUACUCACGAAAGGGUACAAAAGCGGAACAGGACUCUCAGGUAAUCCUCAACCUGCGGGAUGCCGGCGCUAUACCCAUAGGUGUAACAAAUAUACCGGAAUUCCUACUUUGGUGGGACUCCUACAAUAAAAUCUACGGCCGAACUAACAAUCCGUACGACAAGUCCAGGAUAUCGGGCGGUAGUUCCGGUGGUGAGGCGGCGCUCAUAGCGGCAGCCGGUAGUGUGAUUGGCAUCGGCACAGACUUAGGCGGUUCCAUCAGAAUCCCGGCCUAUUUUUGUGGCAUUUUUGGUCACAAACCGACCACAGAUAUCGUUCCCAUAACGCAAGUAUUUCCCGAAGUGGGUCAUCCGGAUCGCGAGAAAUACCUACUAUUGGGACCGUUAUGUCGGUACGCGUCAGACUUGAGACCAAUGUUGAAGGCGUGCGCCGGAAAAGACAUCCCAAACAUCGACAAAGAGCUCGACUUAAAGCAAUUGAAAGUGUUUUAUAUGGAGACAGACUGCGAUCCAUUGAAAACAGCCGUUUCCCCGCAUAUUACACAAGCGAUGCAUAGAGUGGUGGAGUUCUUGGACUCCAAGACAGUUAAUCCGUCAGAAAAAGUGUUUUUGCCAAAAAUGAAGAGCGCGUUAUGGAUAUGGGUGUGCACUCUGGCCAAUGUCGAGGCCCCAUACCUGGCCCACGAGCUCACCGAGAGAACGGGUCGAGUGAACGGGUGGUCGGAGUUAAGCAAAUGGUUUGUCGGGAGGUCUAAGUUCCGGAUCAGCACUUCAGUCAAUGUUAUUCUCUAUAACCUAUUGAAUCCAAACAAGAAUCGC